AUGCGUCACGGUCUGAAAACCCAAUUUUUUGUCGAAUGUCAAAUGUGUCAUUUCAGAUAUAACUUCUGGAGUGAACCAACAGAUGAUAGAAUAUUGGAUGUCAAUAGAAAUGCCGUAUGCGUUACCAUAUUGACUGGUCAUAAGCAGCUUGAAGAAUUUCUUGCUGCUAUGGAUGUUCCAUGUAUGAGUAGUAAAACGUACAUUAAUUAUCAUAAUGAAAUGUCGGAAGCCUUCGCCGCCGCGGAAGAAGAAAUGCGUGUGGCGGGCGAAGAGGAAAGACGUUUAGCAAUUGAAAAAGCAGAUGUCAUAGAUGGAAUUCCGCAUAUAUCCGUAAUAACAGAUGGCUCAUAG